CUUAUACCAUGUAGAUGCAAAGAAAUGGAACAGGAUUUUUCAGAUAGUAGUGCUACAAGCUCCUCUACACGAUCACCAUUAUUAUACCCUUCAGUUCGACGAAAGCGAAAAAGAAAUUUAACCCCAAGCCCUCGAACACAAUCUCCAUCUUCUCGUGAAAGCGAUGACAGUUACAGUUCUGCAGGAGUGAAAUGUCCGAGGCAUGAUCAUGUAGCAAACUGGGAUAUUCUUACAUUAGAAUCGUAUGGACUCUUUUAUGAUGAAAAAGCAACAGAACUAUCAGAGUUAUACAACUCAGUCCUGAAAAAUAUGUACACGUAUUCUGUGUUAGUAAACGAUGCAACAUUUUGGACGAAACUUCUUCAGAUAAAGGGAUUUCUGGUUGAAUUAACGAAAAAGUGUUUACAUAGUUUAGAUGCUGAUGAAGGGUUGGCUAAAAUGGAACAAUUGAGUUCGGGGGAUGUUUUAGAAGAAACCAAAAAAUGUGCACAAUCAAUAGCAAAAAUCAAAGUGGAAAUUGAAUCAGCAUCAUCUUUAGAUGAUCUUUCCUGGCAUCUUUUCAGUCUUUGGCAUGCAGGGAUCUUGGAGUAUGUUCAGUAUUAUUCUGACUUUAUAAAAGAGUUGUUUUCUGAAAGAAGAAUUGGAGUAAAAGGAGAAUUCUGUCAGCUUUUGACUUUAUUCAGCAAGAUUUUCCUGAUAAAUGCUGUGAGAGGAGAUGCUUCACAGACCGUACAAAUGACACUUAAUAGAACAGAAACAGCUAGUGUUCCUGAUCUAAGAUACAGCCUGCAGGGAGACUCAACAAUGGAAAAAGCAGGAGCAUCUCUUAUUACAGUUUCUGUUGGAGAGGUAAAGAUAUGGUCACAUGCACAUGCUGGACACACUGCGACUGAUUUCAAUAUCAGAGACUUGAUGUUAACAGGUCAAUCUGUAGAGACACUGCUGGGACGACAUGGGGGAGAGCUUCUUCUGGAAACCAAGAAAUCUGUCAUAGGAACUACAUGUUUAGGAAUAAUUUGUGUGAAGACCAUGAUUAUUUUCACACGUUUGGAUAUGGAUAAAACACAUCUUACACACUUGGUUGAAGGUUCAAAGGUGGAAGAUCUGAGAAGUAGAAUUCAUUACUCAAAACCUUAUAACUUUUUAGUGAAAAAGGAUCGAGAAGAAAUUUUGGAUACCAUGUUUCAUUUUGGUUUGCUCUGCAGAGUUAGAAGUUCACGUGUACUUCAGGAUUAGCAACAAACACAUUUCGGUGUGUUAUUAAAUCUAUAAACACAGCUCAAAAAUUAUGAAUGAAUGUGUUAAAAAUGUUGAUGUGAGAUGUAAGAAAUUUAAUUACACAUCAUGUUGAUGAAAAAGUUUUAUUCUUAAAUAAUCUUUUGAACAGGUUGCUGUAAAAUAGAGGGUUCAUAUGAGUGUUUUGUUAUUGUGGUGUGAUAACAGCAAAAACUUUUCUUAAGAUGUACUUGUAAGCGAGAAAGCAUGCUGUAUGCACUUGUAAAUAUGAGUAAACAUUUAAAAAUAAAGCAUAUUAAAAUGUA